AUGUCAACUAUCCAAAACUUAAACGCCUUUGGUAUGUAUUAUUUGUGACAAUAUCAAGAUAUGGCACAAAUAAAGAGAAAUAUUGUUAUGCAAAACACUGAGACACAUAUACUAACAAAAUAUAGAUCCAUUCGCCGAUACUGGUGAUUCUGAAGCUCAACCAACAAAUUACAUCCAUAUCCGUAUCCAACAACGUAAUGGGCGUAAAACUUUAACCACUGUUCAAGGUUUACCACAAGAAUAUGACUUGAAGAAGAUUUUGAAGGUUUUAAAGAAGGAUUUUGCCUGUAAUGGUAACAUCGUUAAAGAUGAAGAGUUAGGUGAAGUUAUUCAAUUACAAGGUGAUCAAAGAGUUAAAGUGAGUGAAUUUUUGAUUUCUCAAUUGCAAUUACCAAAGAAGAAUAUUAAGAUUCACGGUUUCUAA